AUGACGGACCAACUCCUAGGUCCGCUGCGAAUGGCGCGCAUGGCCAUUCCGCGCCCGACCUUCUUGCUCGUCGUCUUUGUUGGCUCGAUCCUCGUCCAAUUUCUGAUCGCAGGUGUGCGCAUCCAGCAUCCAGACAAAGACGCAGCCAUCAGCGGAUCGAUACGCGCUUUGCCCUCGUCCGCGCUGCUCGUCACGGCGCAUCCAGACGAUGAAGCCAUGUUCUUUGCCCCGGCUGUCCAGCUGCUUGCGGCGGCGGGGACUGUGCUGUCCGGGUUGUGUCUGUCGACAGGCAACGCAGCGGGCCUCGGCCUGCAACGUACAGAGGAACUCUUUGCCAGCUACAAUCAGCUCGGAGUUCCGGCUAACAGAGUAAAAUACCUCGAUGAUGCACGCUUGCAGGAUUCCAUGGACGCCAUCUGGCCCAACGACCACAUCUCGAAGCUUGUGGGUAAACACAUUGACGCCCUUUCUCGCUCGCGCCGCAUCGACGCCCUCAUCACGUUCGACAAGCAGGGCAUCUCGGGUCAUCCAAACCACGUCGCAACGUACAACGGAACCCGGGAUGCUGCCCUCGCCCGCAACUUGCCUGUGUACGUGCUGCCCUCGAUGGAGGUGUGGGAAAAGUACAGCUCGGUCCCUUUCGCUGUGUGGGAGACCAUCACCAGUCCCGGCCAUCCACCAAUCCCUCCGGCUAAUGGGGCCAAGGCAGAGUACAGGCCAGCAUCAGAAAUCCUCUUGCUCGCAACUCCAGCCCAGUAUGUCAACGCGGUGCAAGCCAUGUUCAAGCACCAGACGCAGCUUGAAUGGUUCCGAUACCUCUAUCUCAUUUUCAGCAGGUACAUGUUUUCCAACAAGCUGGUGCUUUGGACGCCUCAACUCGAUGUUGAGAUCGACGAGUGA